CAUCAUAAACUCGCUUAUCAUUUCCUUCCAAUAUCGAAUUCCGCCAUUCGAUUCCGAUGCAGAAUUUCCUUCAUCGAACCCCCAGUCAGUGAAACAGUUCUGCCCACUCGCACAGCCAACUACGACCGAUUCGCGCUAUCCCCAUGAUGGCCUACUUCUCUCUAGUUCUAGUGGUUGCGGUCGUCUUCUUUGCGUUUCCCGCCUCAAGUGGAUCUGCCAACAACCAUUAUCUGCCUCGUCCGGCCCAGGCUAUCGGAAGGACGACUCUGCUGUACUGCCGAUACGGAGACGCUCGGGAUCAUUACUUCCGACGGCCUUUCCGGUACGGUACCAAUGCGUACGAGGACGCCGAAAAUUUAGUGGAGGACGAUUUCCCGUUCCUAGCUGCGGAUAAGUGUCGACUGGCCAAGGACAUGGAGCAGGAGAUCCAAUAUUUGCGCACCCUGAUGGACAAGUGCGAGCGGUGCGAUUCGGCCGUGGAACCGUUGCCGGCCAAACUGACGACGCUCAGUGGCAGAAGUGUCGCUUGCGGGGAUGGUGCAUCGAGCUGGUGCCGUGGGGCAGACUUACCCUGCAUCGACACCCCAUACGGAGCAUUCUGCGCCCCCUGUCCCGUAGGGUACGACCGAAAUGGAACACUUUGUGUCGAGCGUACUUCCUGCCGCUGAAUCAAAACCUGCCGACAUGCAAACCAGAGCUCGAACAACGGACAUUCGCUUAAUAAACUUCUGCACUGAA